AUGGUCCAUCUGAUCCUGACCGGGGCCACAGGACUAGUUGGAUCUUCGGUCCUCUCGCACAUCCUCUCCCUCCCAGCAACCAGUACGCCGACCAUCCACAAGCUGUCCAUCAUCAGCCGCUCCACCUCAAUCCCCUGGCUAUCGGAGACUCCUCCGCCUGGAACGCCCGCCGUCAACAAGCACACCAAGAUCGAGGUGAUCGAGCACAAGGACUUCACCUCGUACCCGCCGGAGCUGUUGGAGAAGCUCAAGGGCGCCGACGCUUGCAUAUGGGCCCUUGGGAUAAGUCAGAGCGACGUCUCCAAGGAGCAGUAUGUGAAAAUCACCAAGGACUAUGCGCUCGAGGCGGCCAAGGCAUUCUCCUCGCUCCGGGAGGAGUCCGCGUCGCCCUCUGGUAGCGAUGGGAACAAGUUCAAAUUCAUCUACAUCUCAGGCGAAGGCGCCACUCUGCACCCACGCCCUUGGACGCCCCUUUUCGGCCGCGUCAAGGGCGAAACAGAACAUUCUCUCCUCCAACUCUCCAAGACACCGCUCUACUCCAACCUGCUCUCGGUCUAUUCCGUUCGCCCUGCCGCCGUGGACGGCAGCAACCAGCCCUGGCUGUGGGACCAUAUCCUGCGGGAGAAGCGCAGCGCUUUCCAGCGGUUUUACCUCAAAACGCUCGUGGGGCCGAUUCGAUGGGGCGUUUUUGGGAAUGCAGUCCACAGCCCGACCGAGGAAUUGGGCCGCGUGCUGGUCGAGAUGGCGGUGAGCGAGCAGUCAAGUCCGUUUCCGAUUGGGGACGGUGUAGACAAGGAAGGAGAGGGACGAACACUGGGGAAUAAGAGGUUGAGGAUGUUGGCUAGGGGGCAGGGAUGGUGGAAAUAG